AUGUGCGGUGAAAACAUGAAGCAAUUCCUGAAGGAGCUCCCAAAAUGUGAGCAUCACAUUCAUAUCGAGGGGUCUCUUUCUCCAGCGCUCUUAUUCGAGCUUGCCAAAACAAACAAUAUCGCCCUUCCAGACUCUGCGACUGAUGCCUCUUUCAAAUCUCCCGAAGAACUCGAGUCUCGCUAUGAACGCUUUACUUCCCUCAACGAUUUCCUCCAUUAUUAUUACAUUGGCAUGUCAGUUUUGAUAAAUGCUGCGGAUUACGAAAGUUUGGCCUAUGAAUACCUAACAAAAGCCAAUCGCGAUGGAGUUCACCAUGCCGAAAUUUUCUUCGAUCCACAAGCACACACUGAACGUGGAAUUGCAUACAAAACUGUUGUUGAGGGUCUUACUGCUGGAUUGAAGCGCGCUGAGAAGGAUUUCGGUAUCACCUCAAAACUCAUUCUAUGCUUCUUGCGACACUUGUCUGCUGAGAAUGCAAACACUACAUAUCAGGAAGCAGCUUCCCUUGGUCACUUUUCAAAUGGAACCGUAGCUGCUAUCGGUCUUGAUAGCAGUGAGGUUGGAUUCCCACCAGAAAUCUUCAGAGAAAUUUAUGAAUCCGCAGAAAGCAAAGGAAUUCAUCGCACCUCUCACGCUGGUGAGGAAGGUGACACGUCUUACAUUUCCAGAGCACUAGACAUCUGCAAAGUUGAGAGAAUUGAUCAUGGAAUUAGAUUGGCUGAAGAUGAAAGUUUAUUGAAGCGGGUGGCAGAGCAGGGAACAAUGUUGACAGUCUGCCCACUAAGCAAUGUUCGCUUGAGGUGUGUUGAGAAUGUUGGACAAUUGCCAAUUCGAAAGUUUUUGGAUGCAGGAAUUAAAUUCAGCAUCAACAGUGACGACCCAGCUUACUUUGGUGGUUAUAUCUUGGAUAACUAUGUUGCUGUUCAAGAAGCAUUCAACUUGAGUUUAAAGGAGUGGAAAUACAUUGCAACCAGCGCAAUCGAAGGGAGUUGGUGCGAUGAUGAGAGAAAGUCUGUGCUCUUAAGCAAGGUCGACGCAUGUGUCAAUAAGCAUGAGGCAUUGAUCUGA